AUGGCGCCUGAGAAAGUCACCAUACAAUCAUGGGAAGGCAUCGGCCCGUUCCCCAUAGGUACUAGGGAGUAUCCUCUGAUAGGAUCACCUCUUGCAGCGUUCACCGAAUCUCUUGCUGUGGACCCUGAUAUCGAAUUCGCCCUGCGGCCGGCAAAUGCAGCCGACAGGUGGCCGAGCGAGCUAUGCACUGGAGGUACCACAUCUUGGUCGCAAUUCAAAGAAGAAGCAGAUGGGUGGGUCGAUGUAAAGUACCCAGAAGUCAACUGGGUACAACUCCGUGCCGACCACGGCUGGUCUUCUUUGCAGUAUCAAACAAUUCUCAGAUCUUCAUUGGAGGUACCCGUCUACGAGAGUCAAGAGACGGUCGUCGAGAUCGACGCCAUACAGCUGGCCGAGUACGCCUUCAUCCCCGUUCCUGACCCCGGCGAAUCGACCCAUCCCGGGCCUGUCACUUGGUACCAAGGCGACAGCUACGACUUUGCUUCCACCUCCUCGGGAGGUGCAAAGCCCGGAAAGCUGUCAAGGUUUGCGAGGCAGAUCCUGCUUGCGCCUGGCAAGUAUAUCGUCGUUGCUCGGGCAGUGUACGAUAUCAGGCAAUUCGGUGAUCCGGGCUCGGAUGGCGUACCUACGAUCAAGUUCAAGGUCAACCUCCAGCUCGCCCGAAAGCUUCCCCAGAAGACGAUGGCCUUCCGGGUCAGGCAUUCCCAAAUUAAAUUCCCAGGUGUCUUUGCCGGAUGGCUGUUGGGCGAGUGGGCGUCUUUGGGGAUCAAUGUAGCAGAGGGUACAUCUCAUGUCGAGGUUUUGGGCGUUGAAAGCAAGGUUGUUUUUAGCAAACAGUCUGAACAACCCAGGCCUCCUGACACCACACUCGUUUUGGAGCUGCCUCAGAACGCCACUAUCCUUUCAGGCCAGACCCGGGAUGUGGCCCUAAAGAUAACCCAACGCGCUCCUUUGCCAGCCGACGCCAAUGGUAUCACCAUUGAUCUGAAGGUCAAGACUGCGGGCAGCAAAGUCCAGUCCGUCAGCUCGACCGUCACCUUCAGCCGACCCGAAAUUGGCGAGGACGGCCAGGCAACUCCGGGCUCAGAAAUAUGGAUCACCUUUGCAACCCCUUCUGUCGACCCCAGAUUUGGGCCAAAUAUGGUCCCUGCCAGCGUCUCUGAGGCCUUGGUAGUGGUACCUUCCCCGGCCAAGCAGGGCGACAAAGCAUCACCCGUCUUGUUGGCCCUCCACGGUGCCGGUGUCGACCUCAAGAAUAGCGCUGUUGGGGACGCGUUCGCGAAGGCGAGGCCUCAGAUCCCAGGGCUGUGGUCUGUCUUGCCGACAGGGAAGAAUGAGUGGGGCGAGGACUGGCAUGGAAGUAGUAUGGCAGAUGCUUGGUCGGCGCGAGAGGCUGCCGGGGCGACGUUGAGGAAGGCUGGAGUGGCAUUGUCUGAUGAGACCGUCUUGAUAGGGCAUUCCAAUGGUGGACAGGGAGCAUGGCAUCUUGCCGCUCGGUAUCCAGACCGAGUCACUGGAGUUGUUGCGGCUUCUGGAUGGCUUACGAUCCAACAUUACGUUCCCUAUUCGGACUACACUUCAACUCAUUAUGCGGACCCGUCGCUUAUGGGGAUCCUCUCAUCUUCUCUUACGCCUUACAACAACGACUUGUACACCUCUAACCUUGCCGACAUACCUAUCCUGGCCGUCCAUGGCACUGAGGAUGACAAUGUCCCGCCUCGCCACUCUCGAGCUCAUGCUGCUCUGAUCUCAUCCUGGGCUGGCACGCCGACAAGCUCGGUUUCGGUGGCAGAGGUACCUCGAGAGAAACAUUGGUGGGAUGAUGUGCUGCGCAAUGCUAAAGUGGUCGACUUUAUCAACGGGCUGCCUUCGAAGGCCACUUGGGACGAGCAGCGCAAAGGGGGCUAUACAUUGACGACUGCCAACCCUGAAGAGACUGGUGGCAGGGCAGGUAUAAGGAUUGUAGAACUUGAUGUUCCCGGGAGACUAGCCAGACUGGACGUUAACGCUCGGCAAUGGAAGUUAGACGGACCUUCGAUGCCAUUGGAUAUUCGUGGUAUGAACAUCAAGCGUAUCGAGAUCCGAUCGUCAGCCACUACCGAGACCUAUAUCAAGACCGUCACUGGACAGUUCGCCCUUCUACCUUCCCUUAUUAGCCCUCUUACGCCUCCUCGAGCGAACGGGCCGAUGAUCCGACUGUUGUCUUCCCAAGCCCGAUUCAGUAUCAUAGUUCCUUCACUGUCUGGCGAGCACCCAAGGCACUUGUCUGUGGCCAAGAGGAUUGCUCAUGAUCUGUACGUCUAUCACAGGAUAGAUUGCGAGAUCCUCGGCCACCAGAGAGGGCUCGAGAGAGCUGCCAAGCAGGAGAUAGGUCCAGGAAACGUGGUGGUCAUUGGGAGACCCGAGGAAAAUCGAUACACUGAAUGGAUGAUAGCGCAAAAAUCUAUACCAUUGGAAUUCCCGACAAGAGGGGUUAUGUUGAUCGAUAAGGAUAGGGUUGUCUACGACCGAGGGGCCGGUAUCAUUGCGCUACACCCUCAUCCAACGCACCCCAAGUCACUUUCGGUUCUACUGGCCGGAAACGAUGAACUGGGGCUGGAACUUGCUGCAAGACUGUUCCCUUUACGGACCGGUGUUCCUAUACCUGACUGGGUUCUAACUGGACCCCGGUCCAAAUGGCAAGGUGCUGGUGGAUUCAUCGGAGCCGGGUUUUGGGACGGCGAAUGGCAGUACAGCGAUGCCAUGUCAUGGAUGGACAGGUGA